AUGGUGUUGGUGAAAAGGGCGUUGGUGAGACAGCUGGUAGCUGAGGCGGGUGCACGGAUGAACGUCGCAUGCAAGGAUCCGUGGGAUGGGUGUGCUGACAGGGGAGGCAGUGACCAGGUAGGCACAGAGGGGUGGGAACGGUGGGCAAGGCAAGGAAGACGGAGCCACUCACCAGGCGCUCAUAUCUUACCACCAUUGCCGUCUCUAACACACCACUCCCAGCAUCUGUCCCAUCCUCUGUCCUCUUCCCCCUGCUCACCCUCCCCUUCCCCAACACCCAUCCUCCCUCCCUCCCCCCGUCCCCCUCUCCCCCCUUCCCCCCCACCCUUUUUUUCUGACGCCCCACCGUUUGCCAUGCCAUCGACUGCUGCCUCGUCUACAGCUGUCCCCACUGUCUGUCGCCCCACCUUCUCUCCCGCUUGCAGCAGCAGCCGAAGCGCCGAGACACUGCUGGUGGCGUCCAUGGCCAUCAUCACCACCACCACAUCCAUUGCCCCACCGUUUUCAUCCGCCCGUGCUGCUGGUGGAAGUGACCGCAUGGGAGCAUGGGCAUCGCCAGCAGAGCUGAGAGCAUGGGCAGGCAGUCCUGACCGCUGGCUCAAGGUGAGCUGCACGUCACCAUGCCGGGCGUCAUGUCCACCACGAGCACGUCCAUCCCCCCCACUCCGUCCCCCUUACAAGCUUCUCCACUGCCGCCAUCACAUCACCAUGGGCCAACGCCAUACGGUCGCCACGUGUGCAGGCAUGAGGAAGCCCACACUCCCAGCCCACGUGAGCGGACAUGCAGAGCAUGCCGUGCGCCUGCAUGCGUGGGGGAAGGGCGAGGCGAGCAGGGGGCGGCCGGCAGUCUCCAGGCCCAGCGGGCAAGAAGGGGGAGGAGGCGACAAUGUGCAGGCCGAGCAGGUUGGGCAUGAAGGAAAUGGGGAUGGGGAGGCUGACGGGAAGGGGGGGUGGGCAGGGGGAUGGGUUAGAGAGGAAGGGAAGGUGGGUGGGGAGGGGGAACAGGAGGGGGGUGGGGAGGGGGAUAGGCAGGUAACGAAGGCGGAUGGGAAGGGCAGUGGAGAGGAGGGGGAGGAGAGGGUGGGAUAUGAUGAGCGGAGAGGAAGCGGCGAGGGGCAUGGCGGUGAGGCGGUGAGGCGGUGA